AUGGUGACCGUGGCCCAAGGCCUGCUGAUGGUGGUGGCCAUGGCUGAGUUCCUCAUCGGCGUUGUUGGGAACGGAGUCCUUAUGGUUUGGAGUAUUGGAGAAUGGACCAAGAGAGCCAGACAGUCCACCUACAGCCGCAUCAUCCUGGGCCUGGCAUCCUGCCGCUUUCUCCUGCAGUGGUUGAUCAUGACAGAGCUGAACCUGUUCCUGCUCUUCCAGAGCAGUCGCUGGCUCUGCUACCUCAGUGUCACCUGGGUCCUGGUGAGCCAGGCCAGCCUGUGGUUCACCACCUUCCUGAGCAUCUUCUACUGCUUGAAGAUCACCACCUUCAAACACCCUGCGUACGUGUGGCUGAAGAAGCAGGCCUAUGGCCUGAGCUUCUGGGCCCUUGUUGGCUACUUGAUCAUCACUUUGCUUCUCCUGACCCACAUGGCCCAACAGCCCUACAUGCCCUCCCAGGGGAACAGCAGCAUUCCGCACCCCUUUUUGAGCUGGCAUUACUUUCACAUAUUCCUCUUCAAUUCGGGAAGUUGGCUGCCUUUCUCGCUGUUUCUGCUGUACUCUGGGAUGCUGAUGGUCUCUCUGUACAGACACCACCGGAUGAUGAAGGUCUUCACAAUGGGCAGGAGGGACGUCCAGGCCCAGGCUCAUGUCACAGCCCUGCGGUCCCUGGGCUGCUUCCUGGUUCUCCACAUCGUGUAUGUCCUGGCCAGCCCCAUCUCUAUCACCGCCAAGUGGUCCACCCUGGAUCUCACCUCCGUCUUCUUCUCCGAGACCCUCAUGGCUGCCUCCCCCUCUCUUCACUCUGCUCUGCUGGUUCUGGGCAACCCAAGGGUCAGGCAGCCUUGGCAGAGAAUCCUGCAGAAGCUGGUGCAUGCCUGUAGAGGUGGUGGCCCAUGA